AUGCCUACCCGAUUCUCCAACACCCGAAAGCACAGAGGUCACGUUUCCGCCGGUCACGGUCGUGUAGGAAAACACAGAAAGCAUCCAGGUGGUAGAGGUCUCGCUGGUGGUCAACACCACCACAGAACCAAUUUCGACAAGUUCCAUCCUGGUUACUUCGGUAAAGUUGGUAUGCGACACUACCAUCUCCUCAAAAACCACUACCACCGACCCACCAUCAACCUCGACAAACUUAUCUCUCUCCCCGAAGCAAAGGUUGAUGCUCCUGAAGGUUCCGUUCCCGUAAUUGACCUUGUCAACCUCGGCAAAUUCAAGCUCCUUGGUAAAGGCCGAGUCAACCAACCUUUCAUCGUAAAGACCCGAUUCGUCUCAAAGUUAGCUGAGGAGAAGAUCAAGGAGGCCGGUGGUGUUAUCAAGCUCGUUGCCUAA